AUGCCCUCCCCGCGCGACUCGCAGAUGUUGUGCAGCACGCAGCAGGCGCCCAGCACCACCGGGAGGUCCUGCAGCUUCACCUCCGUGCGCUUCUGCAGGCACGCCCACCGGCCCUUGAGGCGUUCGAAGGCGUCCACGGCGACGCGCCAGACCUCCGCCACCUUCUCGUUGAAGGCGUGCUGCGCCCACCCUCCAUUUCGUCGAAGCCGUCCCCGUGUGUUUCAUAAUGUUAAAUUUCUCCCAAUCUACCCCAAUUUCAAACUCGUCAUCGUAGGCGACGGCGGCACCAGCAAGACAACCUUUGUGAAGAGGCAUCUGACCGGAGAGUUCGAGAAGAAGUAUGAACCCACCAUUGGUGUUGAGGUUCAUCCCUUGGAUUUCCACACCAACUGUGGGAAGAUCCGCUUCUACUGCUGGGACACUGCAGGCCAGGAGAAGUUUGGUGGGCUCAGGGAUGGAUAUUACAUCCAUGGCCAGUGUGGAAUCAUUAUGUUUGAUGUUACUUCACGACUGACAUACAAGAAUGUUCCAACUUGGCACCGUGAUCUAUGCAGGGUCUGUGAAAACAUCCCAAUUGUGCUUUGUGGGAACAAGGUUGACGUGAAGAAUAUGCAGGUGAAAGCAAAACAGGUGACAUUCUACAGGAAAAAAAGCCUGCAGUACUAUGAGGUCUCAGCUAAGAGCAACUACAACUUUGAGAAGCCUUUCUUGUACCUUGCCAGGAAGCUUGCUGGUGAUUCCAAUCUUCACUUUGUUGAAACCCCUGCUCUCGCUCCUCCUGAUGUCACAAUUGACAUGGCUGCCCAGCAGCAGCAUGAAGCCGAGCUGGCAGCUGCUGCAGCGCAACCGUUGCUAGAUGAUGAUGACGGCAUGAUAGAGUAGAUGCUGCAUUAUGCUCCCAAUGAGCCUUGUUUUGAGUUCUCGUGUCCCAAACUCUAGGGUGAUGAAGUUUUUUUGUAGCUAACCAUCUCGAUUAGUUGGGUAACUUGGGUUCC